AUGUUUUGCGCAAGGUGUUGUGGGAAUCACGGUGCUGCGUAUUGUUGGUGUAUGGUUGAUGCGUGCGAGAGGUUUUGCAGCAUGUGGUUGUAUACAUAUCAUUGUACGUCGCGGGGUGAAGGUUUUGAAAGUUUUUAUGUGAUGUUGUGCAUGGUGUACGUAUGCAGGGGAAGACAUGGUUUGUGUUGGUUUCUGGAGUGUUGCAACUUGGUUGUUGAGGUGCAGGUAUGA